AUGCCAAGUAGAUCUCUAAUUAAGCUCAGGUAUAUUCUUCUCCUGCCUUCAGAUGAUCCAAAUAUAGUGGAAUUGCCCCCUCGUAAUGAGGGUUUGGGAAAAUGGGAAUCCUGUUUAGUGGGUUAUUUUUUGGAUAAAAAACUACCUUUCAACUAUAUAAGAAAUAGUACUUUCAAUCAGUGGAAAAACAUGGGGUUGAAAGAGGUUCAAGCAAAUGGUGAUGGCUUUAUGUUCUUUAUUUUUGACGAUAUGGACGCCUGUGGGAGGGUCCUAGAAGAAGGGCCUUGGUAUAUGGGUAACCAACUGCUACUUCUAAAGAAGUGGAAAAGAAUGAUGAGACUUACUAAGGAACAUGUUUCACAAAUUCCAGUUUGGAUUAAAUUGUUUAAUGUCCCUAUGGAAUAUUGGGACUUUGAAAGGCAGAGUAGAAUCUCUAGUAAAAUUGGACUCCCAUUAUUUAUGGAUCAUCUUACUUCCACUGGGAGUACAGUAUCCUUUGCAAGGGUGUGUGUGGAAGUUAAUGUUGACUCCCCUUUACCUCAAAACUUCUUUGUUAAGUGUGAGGAUGAAGUGGUGGAAAUAAGAGUGGAAUACCAAGGCACACCUGCUAAAUGUGAACAUUGUAGAGUGUUUGGACAUGACACCAAAAAUUGUAUUUCAAAUCAAGUGGCACAAUUGGUCAAAAUGCAAAAAGUAACUGAAGAGGAUAAGAAAGAUGGAUGGAAAACUAUUAAGUCCAAAGGGAAAAAGAAGAUUGGGAACCAAAUGAAAGAGAGGGCAGUCAAGGGGGUGAUACCCUUCAAAUAG